AUGAAAACUACAAAUGAAAGUGGAGGUGUUGAAGAAGAUACUGUCUAUGAUGAGGUAUCACAGGAAAAGGGUGAGUCAAACGCAACCAUCACUAUUAAAAAUUCCAGUAGUUGUGCUGAUGGAGAAAAUAAAGACAAGGCCAGUACCUCUGCUGGCUUCAAGUGCAUUGAUGAAAAGGUUAAAGGUGCCCUCUGCAAGUUUUGUGUGCUUUUCUGCCCACUCAUAAUGCAUGGUAGUCAUCAUAGUGCAUUCAUAAGCUGCCCAUUCACAAAUUUCAAAAAUUUCCAUGAAUGUGCAAAAAUGCAUAUGAAUUCCAAGUGGCAUAAAGAUGCAAUAGAAAAGUUAAAUAAUUUCAUUAGUGGUGUGACAAACAAAACUAAAGGUGUGGAAGAACUCGCCAACGAGAAUCUUGCGAAAUUAGUACAAACUGAUCGUGCAAAGUUAAAAUCAAAUGUUUCUUGUAUAUUGUUUUGUGCAUUACAUGACUUACCUUUAAGAAGAAAAACAAAUUCAACUGUGGUAUUUGAUGAUUUGUUACAAUUUAGAGUACAGUCAGGUGACGUAACACUGCAGAAAUAUUUUGAGGGUGCGCCUAAAAAUGCUACCUAUGUUUCUCAUAGAACCCAAAAUGAUUUAAUUGAUGUAUGCGCUGAAGUACUAAGAAAUGAUUUAAUUAAUACCAUCAAUAACAGCGAAUCAUUUUCAGUUUUGGCAGACAAAACAAUGGAUAUUGCAGGCACAGAACAAAUUCCUCUUUCUGCAGGUUAUUUUGACCAUGCAACUAAUGUUGUCAGAGAAGACUUCCUUGGAUUUACACCAUUAGCAAGGUUAGAUGUUCAACAUAUCUCCAACACAAUAAUAUCUACUUUAUCUGCUUGGGGUUUAAAUCUAGAUAAAAUGGUAGGACAAGGCUAUGACGGGUGCAGUACAAUGGCCAGUAAAAUUAGUGGAGUACAGAGGAUAAUUUCUGAGAAAUAUCCCAAGGCUCACUUCUAUCGUUGUGCUAGCCAUAGACUUAAUUUAGUUGUGAAUGAUUUGAUCACCUUACCAGAGGUUAGACAUGCCAUUGGUACUAUCAAAGAAAGAAUUUCUUUUUUCUGGGGGAGCACACAAAGGAAAUUCCUAGUUGGGAACCUUCAAAAACUGUGUGAGACACGCUGGUCUGAGAAGCAUGAGUCUAUAAGGAAAUUUAAUGAUAAGUUUUUAAAAAUUGUUGAAGCAUUAGCAAUUUUACAUAAAGAAGGAGAUCGUGAAACUAGGCAGAAAGCCUGGCAACUUUACUGCACACUUACUUCUCCAACAUUUAUUGUUACAUUAAAAGUCUUAGCAAAAUAUUCAGCCAAACUAGAACCUGUCACCAAUAUCCUACAAUCAGAAAACAUUAACUUGUUAGAAGUUUCAGAACACAUUCAAAGAACUGUAAAAAUGUUAUUGGAUGACAGAGAAAAUGUGGAAGAUGAAUUUGUAAUGAUAAUGAAAAGUGCUGAAAGCAACUAUAGUGCACUUGGAAUAGAUGUCACUGUCCAGUCCUUGCAAGAAGGGGUUUCAGAAGAUAGCAAGGCAUCUUUUGAGAUUUUCUGCUUGCACCCAAAGACAUGGAUCACUAUAUGGAAACGCGAUAAAGUAACUGAAGGAGAUAUUGCUGAAUUAAGCCUGACUCAUCUACUUGACAAAGCCAAAUUCUUGCCCGCUGUAGCUUCAGCCUUGAAGAUAGCCCUUAGCUUACUGGCAACCACUUGCUCUGCGGAAAGAUCGUUCAGCACUCUCAGGAGUAUAAAAACGUGGCUAAGAACUACCAUGGAAGAUAAUCGAAUCAGUUGUUUGUGUAUGGUGUCAGUUCAUUGUGAUAAGAUAAAAUCAGAGGAGGAGUCCUUUAUCGAAAAAGUGGUAGAUAGUUAUGUGAAGGACCCAAGACGAAUUCAAUUUCUAUUUAAGUAA